AUGGAAACCAUUCGAGAUUCAGCGUUUGGGAAGCUAGUACGCAUCUUCAGUGGAAAAAGAUGGCUGCGCUACCCCGAGGAGAUUGACACGGGGAUGUGGACCGAGUACCUGAAGACGGAGAAGCAGGUCAAGGAUGAAGAAGCGGCAGUUGCUGAAAGUGACCAAGAGAAUUUGGGCCUCUAUACUGUCCUUUCGCAGGCGUCCAGAGCGUCACGUCGCCUAUCCUCUACAUCGACAGCUCGGAAUGUGGGGGUGGAUGCACAGAGUCCCCACCCCAGCACCUCAAUUGUCAUUGACUGGCAGGGACCAGAUGAUCCUGAAAACCCCCAGAACUGGAGUACAUUCAAAAAGCUAUUCGUCAGCAGCUUGAUCUGGCUCUUGACAUUCGCUAUCUAUAUCGGCUCAGCGAUCUACACCCCCGGUAUCCCCAGUGUUUGCGAGCAAUUUGGUGUAAGCAGAGUGGCCGCUACACUUGGAUUGACCCUGUUUGUGCUAGGGUAUGGAUUAGGCCCAAUGGUCUGGUCUCCCUUGUCAGAACUACCUGCUAUCGGUCGAAGUCCUACCUACGUCCUCACCCUGUUCGUCUUCGUCUUCUUCCAAUUCGCCGUUAUCUACGCUACAAACUUCGGAAUGCUCUUAGCCUUUCGAUUCCUCACCGGAUUUAUCGGAUCCCCCGCACUAGCCACCGGUGCAGCAUCUAUGGGAGAUAUCUGGAACCCUAGAAUGCGCGACUAUAUGAUAAUCAUCUGGGGAGCGUUUGCCAUUUCCGCCCCCGUCUUGGGUCCGCUGGUGGGUGGUUUUGCAGCUCAAGCCGAAGGAUGGAAAUGGACCAUUUGGCAGCUCCUCUGGGUCUCCGGAUUCGCCCUUGUUCUCCUUUUCUUCUUCCUUCCAGAGACCUACGCACCCAACAUCCUCUACCGACGGGCCCGUCGCGUCCGCCAGAUCACCGGCAACUCCAAUUACCGAUGCGAAGCCGAGAUCGAGAUCUCAAACGUCAAACCAAGAGACGUCCUCUUCGAAGCCCUCGUCCGCCCCUUCGAACUCUGCUUCCUCGAACCCAUCGUCUUCCUCAUGAACCUUUACAUAGCCCUAAUCUACGGCAUUCUCUACAUCUGGUUCGAAGCCUUCCCCAUCGUCUUCAGCGAGAUCCACGGCUUCAACACCGGUGAAAGUGGUCUCGCCUUCCUCGGUAUCCUCAUCUCUACCUGCUGCAUCACCAUCCCCUGCUACUUCUACUGGAAAUACAAAUAUCAGACCAAACACUUCGACGAGAACUGGAACAUCGUCCCCGAAAUGCAGCUCCCCCCGGCUUGCAUCGGCGCCUUCGCCCUCCCAGUCUCCCUCUUCUGGUUCGGCUGGACCGGUCAAUUCGCCUCCGUCCACUGGAUCGUGCCCAUAAUCGCAUCCAUGCUGUUCUCCGUGGGGGGCUGUCUCAUCUUCAAUUGUAUUUUCUGUUAUCAGGCUCAUGCGUACCCGAAGUAUGCGGCUUCAGUGCUCGCCGGGAACGACUUUAUGAGGUCGUCUUUUGGAGCAGGGUUUCCGUUGUUUGCCACGGCGAUGUUCCAUAAUCUGGGGGUCGGAUGGGCGUGUACUCUACUUGGGUGCUUGUGUGUGCUUUUUGUGCCGUAUCCGUUUAUUCUGUUGAGAUAUGGGAAGAGGUUGAGGAUGGCGAGUAAAUUUGCGAGACAUGAUAUUUGA